UAAAUUUCCAUUCCUUCACCCACGCUGCCCUUGUCCCCUUCUCUUCAAUCAUACUUUCACGAGCUUCAAUCCCUUCUUCGUCUAAUAUCUAUACCUCUACACGACGCCGUUCCGCAGGGCGUCAGCAACCAACCCCUCUCAAACUAUUUUUCUAUAUCGCUGAAGUUGCUCCGCCAAAGGCCACAUAUUGGUCUGGCACUGAUGGAGGCCAAAUUUUUUCGCUUUCUCAAGAUUGUGGGUGUUGGAUACAAAGCUAGAGCUGAAGCUGCGGGUCGUCUAUUGUAUCUCAAAUUGGGGUACAGUCAUGAGGUGGAAUUAACUGUUCCUCCUGCUGUCCGUGUUUUCUGCUUCAAAAACAAUGUAAUUUGCUGUACUGGAAUAGACAAGCUAAGGGUGCACCAGUUUGCUGCUACUGUUCGGACUUGUAAGCCACCCGAAGUUUACAAAGGCAAGGGCAUAAUGUAUGUUGAUGAAGUUAUCAAGAAAAAACAAGGAAAGAAGUCAAAAUGAUCAUAUAAUUUUUGGUGAUGGCUAGACCUUGUCGGCAGAAUGAUUCACUCUAGUUUUCAAACAAUUUUGAGUGUUGGAAUCCUUCAACAGAGCAUUAUGGUAAUCAAGUAUUUGCUUUGAAAUAACGAUAAUUUCUUCUUUCAGUAUUGAUAUGUAUCUUUUUAGGUUUUAUCUUAUGUUGUUGAGACAUUUUAUCAAAGAAUAUGAUAUCAUCUUAAAACUCAUUUUCUUUGCCACUUUAGCAUGUUGUGGGGUGGGGGGUCAAACCAUUUUCUUGUCCCCAUGCUACCAAUAGUUCAAAAAUUAUUAUAGGAUGGUUCGUUUUAAAUUUCACUUCA